GUUUGUUCAUAUCUUCGCUCGUACGACUUAGAUACUACAAAAAGGAAUGAUUAUUUUAAAUUCUAUAAUAAUAUAAGUACAUUUUUAGUCUUUACUUUAGGCUAGAAGUUGGUGUGCGUGGCCAAUUUUGCCAACUAUUUCCGGAAUAAUAAGUUGCCUUGAGGUGACGUUUGCUAUUAUUGUCUGUAAGGUGUGUUAACGGCAUCGUAAACGUCGUCAUAUUUCCAAGACAUAAAAUAUAGUUUUUCUAUACGAACUAUCGUAUCAUUUAAGAAAAUAAAAUAAUUCUUGAUAUCAUUAAAAUUUUUCUAAGAUUAAAGAUACUAGUUUAAAUACUUCAUACCAGUUCAGUGUCUUCCCAAACAAAAUGGGCCUAACAAUUAGUGGUCUACUCACCCGGCUCUUUGGUAAAAAGCAAAUGAGAAUAUUAAUGGUGGGUUUGGAUGCUGCUGGAAAAACUACCAUAUUGUAUAAAUUGAAACUUGGUGAAAUUGUUACCACAAUACCUACCAUUGGCUUCAACGUUGAAACUGUUGAAUACAGAAAUAUAUGUUUUACGGUGUGGGAUGUUGGUGGUCAGGAUAAAAUCAGACCAUUGUGGAGACAUUACUUCCAAAACACACAGGGCCUCAUUUAUGUUGUUGACAGUAAUGACCGAGAACGUAUUGGAGAGGCAGAACGUGAAUUGGCAAACAUGUUAAAAGAAGAUGAAUUACGAGAUGCAGUUCUCUUAGUUUUUGCUAAUAAACAAGAUUUGCCAAAUGCUAUGUCUGCUGCAGAUCUUACAGAUAAAUUGGGCCUGAAUUCGUUACGUGGACGCCAUUGGUACAUACAAAGCACUUGUGCUACUCAAGGACAUGGACUUUAUGAAGGACUUGAUUGGUUGAGUACUGAACUAGCUAAAAAGUGAUAAAACACUGUCGUUAUUCAUAAUCUUCAUGAACAAUUUAUUCAUUGAGCAUGGACGUAGAAGACAGGUUGCAAUUUUCAUUUUGUCAGAUUACGCACUAUGUGUAUAAUUUAAUACCACUGUGAUUGUAAUUUUUAAGAGGAAAACUACUUGAAAUAAUAGAAUAUAUCUUGACCAACUCAAUGGAUAUAA